ACGGCACGGAGAAUUCACCGAGUGUUUCCUGUAUUUUUGCACUGAAUUCGUCCAAAUGACCAGCGGAAAGCCAGUUAAAACACAUUCCUCAACAUCAAGCAAUGACAAACCGCUCCAACACACAUAUUCCAACGAGGCGUACCGGAAGGGUGUGCGAUUGCUACACGAGAAAUGCAAAGCACUACAGCGAAGCAAUGAGCGGCUGGUGUUUAGGAUUCACCGGGUGCAAAAGAUGUCCAGAGCACGUGCAAGGGAUGUAGAGAUUCUGCAGAGCAAAUUAGAUUCCUUCGCCGAUUGCUGGAGAACGGCCAUGGAUCCGGCGGACGUGAAGGAAGAAGGGGAGGAAUAAACCCGGGCUAAAUCGAAGUGCAAACGCAAAGGAUGUCGAUUUUGUUGAUUUCCAUUUAGUCUAAGGUCGCUUUUGAGUUUACGCACCGCAAACUCAAGUGCAAACAAUUGUAAACAAGUAACGAGGGUAAUCAAUCUAGAUCAAUUUAUUCCUAAACCAAUUUGUACAUCAGAAUGGUUCUACUGCAGUUGCAAUGGUUUUCUAACCAUCUAAAGAGAGAUGGUCUUCAAAUAAUGCUUCUGAUCUUUAAAUAAUACGAGAAAAUUACUAUGUAAGUCAGUGUAAACCGAUAAUAUAA